UACUGUCAAAAUAUGGGCACACUUAUUUUUCAUUGAUGAAAGACUAGAAAAGACCAGGUACUACUCUGUACCUGGCAGAGUACAUCUUCCAACAGUUUGUUUGUUUUCUUCCAGUUUAGAUUAUGUUUGUUUUUAUAUUAUUGGGUAUGCUUGUUUGGUUUAGAUCAUAAAGUGAAAAGUAAACAAUAUUAUAAGCAGAACUAGCAGCAACUGGUGAACUGUAUGUAUGACACGCCAGGUCAUGUGAUGUUAACAUGGCGGCAUCCAUGAGGGGGCGACCUGCUCAAUGUAAAAUAAAACAUCAUUUUCCAGAAGACUGCUAGCUUAUCUCCUCAUGCAUAUAUCAUUUUAAUUAUUCUCCUCGAAGCGCAUUUCACCUCUAUAUUGUCUAAACGUGUUUCUGAGCGCGCCUUCACAGCGCAGUGAGUGUAAGUGAAUUCGCGAAGAAGGCGCUCUUCACACUCCAGGGUUUCCUCGCCUUCAUCUUUUUUUUUUCUUCUUCUUUUUUUUCUCUUCUCCAGGCGGCAGUGUGAUUUCUGUCCAUGCGCGGCGCUGCACAUCUCUCUCUCACACACACACACUCGCUCGCUCGCUCUCUCACUCGCACACGGGCACAGGAGUGUGAGAGACAGCCAUGGAGAGGUGGAGAAGCGACUGUUUUCUUUGUUAUUUUUAAACUCCGAGAUCCGCAUCGAUGACACGAUUCGCAUCCCUCCGCAUACAACGCUAUUCCCGAUGCGCUCGGAAACGGAAAGUAGGUUCUCACAGGAGGAAUUCUUUCGCAGUGGCAUUAAUAGAAGUCUGGAUAUAAACUUUCUGCCUUGUGGGCUGUACUGGGACAGGGUGCAGGGACACUGUGAGCAUGAGCGUAAACGAGACGGGCUGUUAUCUGCCAGACGUGGGCGGCAGCUUCACUGAGGAUGCCCCCAGACCCCCGGUCCCCGGGGAGGAGGGCGAUCUGGUGUCCAGCGAUGGACGGCAAUACAGCCACAGCUUUUACACGUCUAAGAGCGAGAGCCUCAAGAACGAGACCUCCAUAGCUACGCCCAGAAGACCCGACCUGGACCUGGGCUACGAGCCCGAGGGCAGCGCUUCCCCGACGCCGCCCUACCUGAAGUGGGCGGAGUCCUUGCACUCGCUUUUAGACGACCAAGAUGGCAUCCACUUGUUCAGGACUUUCCUCAAACAGGAGGAGUGCGCCGACAUGCUGGACUUCUGGUUCGCCUGCAGCGGCUUCCGCAAGCAGGAGGCCAACGAAGGCAACGAGAAGAUGCUGAAGCUCGCCAAAGCCAUUUACAAAAAGUACAUCUUGGAUAACAACGGAAUCGUGUCCAGGCAGAUAAAACCGGCCACCAAGAGCUUCAUCAAGGACUGCGUGAUGAAGCUUCACAUCGAUCCCGCCAUGUUCGACCAGGCGCAAACCGAAAUUCAGACUAUGAUGGAAGAAAACACCUACCCUUUGUUUUUAAAAUCCGACAUAUACUUGGAAUACACCAGGACGGGCGGCGAGAGUCCAAAACUGUUCAGUGACCAGAGCUCGGUGUCAGGCAACGGCAAAGCCCUGCCAGGCUACCUGCCAACACUGAACGAAGACGAGGAAUGGCGGUGUGACCAGGAACAGGAGCAGAACCACGAAAACGACCCCAAUCCCAGCAACAGGCUGACCCAGAAGCUGCUCAUGGAAACCGUGCCUCAGCGGGUGGCCAGCAGUAAGAGAUAUCAGGACAACCGUGAGUACAGACACGCGUCAUGGAGGGAGCCCAUCAACCCGUACUACGUGAACACCGGCUACGCGCUGGCUCCCGCCACCAGUGCCAACGACAGCGAGCAGCAGAGCAUGUCCAGCGAUGCAGACACUCUCUCCCUGACCGACAGCAGUGUAGAUGGAGUCCCACCUUAUAGAUAUCGCAAGCCGCAUCGACAUGAGAUACACGAAAGUGCCAAAGUUAAUGGGCGAGUGCCACUACCUCAUAUUCCUCGCACAAACCGGAUGCCAAAGGAUAUUCACGUUGAGCCGGAGAAGUUUGCGGCGGAGCUCAUCAGCAGGCUGGAGGGGGUGCUGAGGGAACGUGAGGCGCAAGAAAAACUGGAGGAGCGGCUCAAGAGGGUUCGACUGGAAGAGGAAGGUGACGAUGCGGACAUCUCAACCGCUCCCUCCCUGGCCAAUCACAGGAUUCCUCCUGCGGUCCACGUGCAGCAUUAUGGCGGGCGCUACUCUGAAAUGAGCUACAACGGGCUGCAGCUACGGGACGCACACGAGGAAAACCCCGAGAGCAUCCUGGACGAGCAUGUGCAGCGUGUCAUGAAAACCCCCGGCUGUCAAUCUCCGGGCACAGGCCGCCACUCUCCGAAGUCUCGCUCCCCUGACGGGCUUCCCGCGGGUAAGAACACCGGGAUGGUGAUGCCGCUGUCCGGUGGCCAAGGCAAGCACCAGGCUCGGCUGGGCCUAAAGGGUGACGCAGCGCACCUGCACCAUCACAAACACAUUCACCACACACACUAUGCCACGGGGGGGAAACCCAAAGAACAGGUGGAGGCAGAAGCCAUGAGGACGCAUGGGGGAUUCGCCUGGAACAUGGAGCAACACCAUUUUGGAUCCAAGUCGCGCAACUUUGCAGACGGAAUGAGUGUCGGCCCCAGUGCCAUGGACCCCAUGGGUUACAGUAAAGGAAGCACACUGUCAAAGCGUCCGGUCAGAAAAGGAGAUGAUGGUCGAAACUUUGAGAUGCGAGAGCCCUUGCCCCUUGAUGAUAUGGAGAGGAACCAGAAGAUAUUGCAGUGGAUGAUGGAGGGCGAGAAGGAAGCUGGACGCUAUAAGAGGAGCCCUUACGGGAGCGUCUCUGGCUCCAAGAAGGCUCAGAGUCAUGAGGUGUCGAGGCCCAGUUCGGUGGAGCGGCCGGGGGCUGUGCACCCUUGGGUUACCGCUCAGCUCCGCAACAAUGUGCAGCCCUCCCAUCCCUUCAUCCAGGAUCCAACCAUGCCCCCCAACCCAGCCCCCAACCCCCUCACCCAGCUGGAAGAGGCGCGCAGGCGGCUUGAGGAAGAGAGGAGGAAGUCUGGAACAUUGCAGGCUAAGCAGAGGCAUAAGAAUAUGAAAAAGCAGCCCUGUGAAAACAUCACUGUGGCCUAUUACUUCUGUGGAGAGCCCAUCCCGUACAGGACGUCUGUCAAAGGAAGGAUCGUCACCCUGGGACAGUUCAAGGAGCUGCUUACUAAGAAAGGGAGCUACAGGUAUUAUUUCAAGAAAGUGAGCGAUGAGUUUGACUGCGGAGUGGUGUUCGAGGAGGUACGCGAAGACGAUGCCAUCCUGCCCAUCUUCGAGGAGAAGAUCAUCGGAAAAGUCGAGAAGAUCGACUGAGGCCGGGAGGGAGGGAAGAGAGGGACUCGGGCUGCAGAGGUGCAGCAGGAUAUGGAGAAAGGGAGGAAGCGGCGAGCAGGUGCUUAGAUUGGUACAGCGAACGUGGAUGUGCAGGAGACCGAGAGGUGCAGAACAGGGACGGAUGCUGUGGAAAGUACACUAUUUACUCCGAGGCGUCUACCUCCACACAACGGCUUUUAAAGUCAUACAGCUGCUCAGUGCUCAAGAUCACUGCAUUGUGCACGGAGAGCCCUUGGACUCACAGAGACGAAAGCGUGAGGCAGCAUUCUCUCACUUUUGCUAUAUUUCUAACUCUGAAAAAUGUAAUGUAGCAAUGUAAAGUUAGCUUAGAAAAAAGUACUAUGAAUAUGUUUACUAAAGCUGCAUAUUUUUGAUAUGACGUAUCAGAAGGAACAUAUCCUUUCUAAUUUAACAACUCUUGUAAUUUUAUAUGUACUGGUACCAGAUGUGUACAGACUGUCUGUUUAAAAGGAAAAAGAGAAAGUUUUAUAUCUAUUUAAAUAUUUAAAAAAAAGGAAAAAAAAAAAAAAAGAGGAAUCGGUUCACCCAUAUCAAAGCUGCGGCAUCAACCUGACCCAAGAUGUGGGCUUUCACAAAGCUGUGGUUACGAAGAAAUCAUAACCCACGCUUUGCCAAGUGCUUUUAACUCAUAAAACCGGUUUGUUAAUCACAAAGAGGGAGGAGUCAGUCGGCGCCGCACUUUUCACUGCAUUAUGCAUUGAUGUCAAAGGAGUACCGCUUUGAGUGGAUGUCCUAUACGACGAUGCCUUCACAUUGCUCUCUGUCCUUUGUUGAUUUCAUGACAUGCAUAAUAAUUCCUCCCCUCUUCACGCACAGCAUGAUUUAAGGGCAAAGGGUGUAGUCCUGUCAAAUGAUUAAUCGCGAUUAACAGCAUUCAAAUUAAAAGUUUUUGUUUGCAUAAGUGUGUGUGUGUACUGUAUAUUUAUUAUGCAUAUAUAAACACACACAGUAUAUAUUUAAAAAAUAUUUAUAUGUAUUUACAUGUAAAUAUUUAUAUUCAUAUAGUUUAUAUUAUACAUAAAUAUAUUUAUUAUAAACAUAACUCUUUUCUUAAAUGUAUACAUGCAUGUGUGCGUAUUUAUAUACACAUAACAAAUAUACACAGCACAUGCAUAUGUAAACCAAAACUUUUAUUUUGGAUGCGAUUAAUCGCGACUAAUCAUUUGACAGCACUAAAUGAAUGAGUGCACCGAUUUUAUGAAACUAAUAUCUCAAGAUGUUUGAGUGGCACAAUUUAUAAGUCUAUAGUUUAUAUCCAGAAUCUGUAAGGUCGCUUUCCAGGUGUGAGAUCCGCAGCAGCGCUGACGCCUGUUUAAGAGCAGGGGAAUGUGAGACUUGUGGAAGAGGAUGCGACGUUCUGAUCGUCCUGGGGUCCAUCGUCUGUCUAGUGCCAUUGGACAAUAUACUGAUCAUGUUUACACUUACCUUAAUGUAUUACAGAACAAGAAACUAAUAGAGAAUUGUAGCCUUUUAGCUUAACACGGCUAAAUGUGGUGCCUGGCGAGAAUGAAUUGUUUUAAAAAUGUAGUUUUAGCCUAACGUGGUCUGCCUUGUUGAGAUCAUGAAACACCAAAGAGAACAAUCUAUCACAGGAGUCAAAUGAAAUCCGUUUGCGUUGUUUUAGCAACAAAAAUGAAGCUCCUUCAUAGAGUUUUCAGGCUGUGUGUUGUAAUGAAACACUGAGAAGUGUACUAACCGCUAGGAAAGGCCUGGCGAGACCGAGCCAGACAUGGUGCUGUAACGUUAGAAUGCUUUCUGUUGAUCUGGCAUCCCAUUUCCCCCUAGUUUUUACAUUUUAAAUUCCCUGUUUAGUUUGAUUUAAGUUGGUAUUGUCAUCAAUGUUUGUUCAGCAAUUUGUCAUGCCCCCCCCCCCCCCCCCACGUUCAGUUAGAAUUGUUUUAAGCUUUCAUCAACUUGAACAAUAUGGGUACUUGAUGCAAAAUAUGGAACAUUUCUCAUGUUUGUUUUCGACUCAUUUUAAUUACGGUGUAAUUGUCUGGGAUGUAAAGAGUUAACUACUGUGAAUAGCCUGGACGUGAGCUCCUCUCACUGAAUGAUGGAUGACCUGUACAUAGACAUCACAGAGUGCCUUUCUGAUCAUUCUCAUCUCUGAUCCACUGUCUGCUCCCCUCACUCCAUGUGUCCAGUACCAGGGACUUGCAUUAUGUUUUUAAGUUUCUUAAGAACUUUAUUUUUAUUUUUUUUGUUAGUUUCCUAUGCGAAGAGCAUCAACACACUUUAAGUCUUUCUAUGUAAAUAUGUACAUUUUUUUUUUUUUUUUUUUUAAUGUGUCUUCAACUACAACCAGCAACCCAAUUUGGAUAUUUAGUGCCCUGGUUCUGCUUAAGUGUGCCGAGUUGUACAGUUAUCAUUUUAUGGUACUUUGGACAAUAAAGACAUGUAAUAA